GGGCACUUCCGCCGGGCUCGGGUUUCCUUCCACUCGGCAUUUAAAUUGGGCUGCAGGACAUCAGCUGCUGCUACAUUCAGCGCCGCGCGGUGACAGAAAAUAACCAAUACGCGUAUUUUGGGUUUUUCUUUAUACACAACAGUUGAUCCCGAAGAGAUUUUGGUGUGGUUGUGGUUGUUUUUGUGGGCAGAAGAGCUGGAGCCGUUGAACAAUAACGGCGGUUGCUCUGACAGCAGCUCGGUGCAUCAUUUUUGGGAUUCCUCUGCUCGCUGUUGGACGAAAUUGAAUAGCGGAGCACAAGUGGCCUGGACUCGGGAGGACCGAUGGACUCGAUGAUGAGAGCGCAUUUGAAGGGUCAGCUUUAAAUUCCGAUAAGAAAAUUAAACAAUUUAGAUUUAUUUAUUUUAUUUUUUAGUUGUAGAUAUUAACGGAGACAAAAUAUACUCAAAAUAACCUUAAACUUGGCUUAAUAUAACACCAGACCAAGCCUUAAUACUAUCGAUAACAACAACAGUCGCCACCCAUUCUAGUGAAGCACGACAGACUGACAGACUUCAAUUAUUAUAUAUUUUUCUCACGUGAGAUAUAACUUUGACUAUUUUAAGCAUAUAUAUGUCACUAUCUUUUCUUGUUUGGAGAUAAAGGUGGAUCUUAAGGUCUUUGUUUUUUUUAUUAGGUUAGAUCUUAGCUUCUUCUUCUUCUCCUCUUAUAAGUGAGGACAAGUAUCUGAUCCCUCAAGGACAUUAUACAUUUGCAGACCUUUCAGGAUAGUGCAGUAACCUGGACACUAGUGACAAACAGCAUAUCUGACAAGUUACACCUAUCAGAGGCUUUACUAGCCUCAAGCAAUAAGCAAACAUGUUCAGCUGGCUUGGGACCGACGACAGGAGGAAGAAGGAUCCAGAAGUCUUCCAGACCGUCAGUGAGGGACUUAAGAAGCUCUACAAAACCAAACUCCUGCCGCUGGAGGAUAGCUACAAGUUCCACGAGUUCCACUCUCCGGCUCUGGAGGAUGCAGACUUCGACAACAAGCCCAUGGUCUUACUGGUGGGACAGUACUCCACCGGCAAGACAAGCUUCAUACGCUACCUGUUGGAGCAGGAUUUUCCCGGUAUGCGGAUCGGCCCCGAACCCACCACAGAUUCCUUCAUCGCGGUGAUGCACGGCGACACAGAGGGAAUCAUCCCCGGCAACGCUUUGGUGGUUGACCCCAAGAAGCCCUUCAGAAAGCUGAACGCAUUUGGAAACGCAUUCCUCAACAGGUUUGUGUGUGCCCAGCUGCCUAACCCAGUGCUGGAAAGCAUCAGUGUGAUUGACACACCAGGGAUUCUGUCAGGAGAGAAACAGAGAAUCAGUCGAGGCUAUGACUUUGCAGCUGUCUUGGAGUGGUUUGCAGAGCGAGUGGACAGGAUCAUAUUACUGUUUGACGCCCACAAACUGGACAUCUCUGAUGAAUUCUCAGAUGUGAUAAAAGCCCUGAAGAACCACGAAGACAAGAUCCGGGUUGUGCUGAACAAGGCUGAUCAGAUAGAGACCCAGCAGUUGAUGAGAGUGUACGGUGCCCUGAUGUGGUCACUGGGGAAAAUAGUCAACACCCCUGAGGUGAUCCGCGUCUACAUCGGCUCGUUUUGGUCCCACCCUCUGCUGAUUCCAGACAACAGGAAGCUGUUCGAAGCAGAGGAGCAGGAUUUAUUUAAGGACAUUCAGUCUCUACCGAGAAACGCAGCGCUCAGAAAACUCAACGAUCUGAUCAAGAGGGCAAGACUAGCCAAGGUCCAUGCCUUCAUCAUCAGCGCACUGAAGAAAGAGAUGCCCUCUGUGUUUGGGAAGGAGAACAAGAAGAAAGAACUGAUCGGCAGUCUUGGAGAUAUUUACAAACGCAUCGAACGAGAGCAUCAGAUAUCACCCGGAGAUUUUCCGAGUCUGAAGAAGAUGCAGGACCAACUCAAUUCUCAGGAUCUCAACAAAUUCCAGCCUCUGAAACCCAAACUCCUGGAGGCGGUAGAUGACAUGCUGGCCCACGACAUCGCUGGCCUAAUGGUGCUAGUGCGCCAAGAAGAAAACCAGCGUCCCAACCCGGUCGUGAAGGGCGGUGCGUUCGACGGCACAUCGGACGGCCCGUUUGGACACGGGUACGGCGAAGGGGCCGGCGAAGGCAUCGACGAAGCCGACUGGGUCGUCGCUCGAGACAAACCGGCUUACGACGAGAUUUUCUACACGUUGUCCCCCGUCAACGGGAAGGUGACUGGAGCCAACGCCAAGAGGGAGAUGGUGAAGUCAAAACUGCCCAACACGGUGCUGGGAAAGGUCUGGAAGCUGGCCGACAUCGAUAAGGAUGGGAUGCUUGACGAUGAGGAGUUUGCGUUGGCCAAUCACCUGAUAAAAGUGAAACUGGAGGGACAUGAACUGCCAUCGGAGCUGCCUGCACACCUGGUUCCUCCUUCCAAGAGGAAAAUACCUGAGUAAAUGUAAGGUUACAUCAUCCCCUGCCCCCAAAAGCUGUAAGUAGACUUACCCCAAUUAAUAUAGUCAUAUUCCUGUAGCAUUAUAGCAAAAAAAUGUACCCCAUUUCCAACUGCUAAGAGGCAAAUAUUACAACAAAAUAUUCAGUUUCAUUCAAAUAAAAAUAAAGAGUGAUAUUGCUAAUGUACUGUUGGCAUGUGGAUUGAAAUGAUACAUUUCUUCAGUGCUGAAAUAGCUUUUACCACGGAAGAAAAUCCUUAUGAGUGUCCUUCCAUCAAGACAAGUGCCCUCUUUUGUAUUUCAGGGUAUAGAUAUUGAGAGCUGUUAGGUAGGACGGAUGUUAGGACAACUGAUAAGGGUAUUAGUAAAGAAAAGCAAAUAAAAAAAUCUGAAACGAGAAACACUGGAAUACAGGAGAAUGUAAAGUGAUCCAAACUACUGGAAGAAAAUGGGAGAGAUUCGACAAUGUGGAGACAAAAAGAAAGAUAUAUGAUUGGAAGGAUCAUUCUGGGAGAAAGAAGAGUUCCUUUAAGGGUUUCCUGUCAGGUCACUAACCAAUGUGUAGAAGCGCGGACACACACACAUACACACACACACACACACAAAUAUGAACACAAUUCUGGCUAUAUGAUUUAUAUCAUUUACUGUAGCACCUGGAUUAAUGGGAAACAAGUGUGGGGAAAAAUUAAGAAUGACAAGUGGUUUGUCUCUUUUAUGAUUUAUACAUUGUUCGAAAUAUCAUUAACAUGUUUGGAAAUACUGUGACUAUAAUAUGGACCUAUACAAUGGGGUAUUGUUUGGAGUGUUCAGACAUCCUCAGCAUAAAUGUAUUGUGCGGACUUUGAAUGUGGAAUGUGUUGACAUUCACCUUCUGUAUGUAUGCAUAUGACCACAUGUAUCAGUGUUAUUAUUUGUAACGUGUAUGUAUUAAGUCUUACGCUUCACACAGGCUGCUGAGUUGGGAGUAUUCAGUGGGUAGUUAAUUGAAAAAUGGAUGAAUUACUUAUUAUUCACCUUGUGAGAGUGAUCUAAUCUAACCUAACCUGGCAGUCCAGAGAGUGAAAGCACACCUGUUUGCUUCUUUUGUGAUGAUAACAAAACACUAAUCAAAGCAAUUUUUGACUGAAAAUGUGGCUUUCCAAUUUAUGUUUUAAAUGUAUACAUGUAAUAAAUGUAAUUGGAUUCACUGUCGUGAAAUGCCAGUAUGCAUGUGUAUGUAUGUAUGUGUGUGUGUGUGUGUGUGUGUGUGUGUGUGUGUGUAUAUAUAUACAUCACAUAUACAUCACGUAAGGACUUUAUUUGUGGUUUGUCACCUGUGAGAAUCUUGAUAGUAAGAUGAAACAUCAAACAAACUAAAUUUGGGUUCCCACAUGAUACGAAAUGGUGUUUUAUGAGCGGGACAGCGUUUACCCAGUUUGAGCUCUACAGAAGUGACUUAACUGAAAUCCCCGUGUGCGUCUGUGUGCCGUUGUUGUGAAUCUGCUGUACAUAAUACGACUGUUUGCAUUCCAUGAACACGGAUUGGGAAAUCAUCCACAUCAUCUCGGGCGCCGUAUGCAUCACUUGCUCAUAUUUCACAGAUGAGCCAGAUCAGAUCCACAGAGUAAAUAUUAAAAAAAAAAGGAUAACUUGUUGGAUGUGGAUUCUGUGCAAAACAAAGUCCUUUGAAAUCCGCAAGUUGUUUUCAUACCCUGACAGAUUGCAACAUGAAGUCCUGUGUGCUGGUAAAUACACCAAGGGGAAACACUGGCGUUAUGUUUUUCUUUUCUUUUUUUAAGAUGGCCAUGCAUUGCUGAAUCUGUACUUCACUGUUUUUCUGUCGACAUUAACAACAGUCCAAAAGUGUAAUAAAAAUUAAUUUACUCUA